CCUCCCCGACGACGCCCUCGCGGCAGGGCGUGCGGCGCUCUGUGGCCUCCCAGCGAGGCUCCGUUCUCGCCAAGAGUUUUGUUCUUAACUCCCAAUUUCCCUGGGCUUCAGAGCAUCUUUCUUUUUUUUUUCCCCCCUCACUUUUAUUAUUAUUUUUUUCGGUAAGAAAGGAGUUAGAGAAGGAGGAUAAGAAGAGAGCGUGGCGAAGAUGGAGGAAGGUGCGGACUGGGACAGUGAUGAGACGGUGAUAGAGGGGUCGGUGACGGAGAGCGAGCAGGAGGAAGAGGAGCUGCCCUGGAGAAGGUUGCUCUUUGAUCAAGACACAUCUCUUAGACGUGAGUUCAGUCUCCAUCCUGGAAUAAGUGGAACAUGCAGAGGCACACAUUCUCCAGAGAUUCAGCUUAUAUUCAAACUCAGAGGGAAUUCACAAGAGCAAAUGAGUAAAAAUAAGAUGAUGCCUCUUCUUAGUGAGGAUGCAGCCUUACAGCAACCUCAAGAUGAAAUGGAACAAAAUCAAGUUCUGUUACAGACUAGAAAAAGUAGUCCAAUGUUCGCUGUGUCAUGUACCCAGGCUGAACUUUCACUGAACCACCAGAGUAUUCGAGGGACUGAGGCUGAAAAUCCUGAAGUGUUGCCACAUCCAGAAAAGGAACUAAGUGCAGGCAGAGACUCUCCUGAAAUAAGCCUUCUCUCAGGUACUACUACUGAAGAAUCUAGUACAUUUCCUGUAAAGGAAAAAUCAUUAAUAGAGCCAAAGAAGAUCUUAGCAGCACCAAAUACAUUUUCUGAGCCUGGAAAGGAAGUCGUGUUAACCGUGACUUCUAAAGAAACCAAGGAUGAAGAAAGCUCUCUUGAAACUUUUGUGUCUGCCUUGGAAGGAUUACUAACAUCACCAGAAAUCACCCAGGAGGAAAGAUUGUUUGGAAUAGUGAGUAAUUUUGAACCUAGAGAGUUGAUGAACCCAUUGAGUAACUCUCUGGGUUCCCUAUCAAUGCCUUUGACAUGUCACGAAGAUUUACUAGAAAACACAAAGGAUGAUGCAUUGCCAGCUGAGUUGUUAGCAGCCCUAAACACAUUGUCAGAAGCCAAGGUGGAACCCAUCUGUCACAGAAAAGAGGGAGGCAUUUGUCUCAGUACUGGAAAUGAAUGUUUAGAAGUGGAGCCUGGUAUGUCUCAGAUUGAUGAAGACUGUACACAAGUAGCAGAGACUCUUGAAGACCCAAAUCCAUUAGGAUUGCAAACUUUGGUUCAUCAAAAUAUUGCCUCUUAUAAUCCACUGAAUAAUAAGGGAAAUUCAAAUCCAGUGAAAAAUUGCUCUGACCAGGAUACUCCAUGUGUGUUAAGGAGAUCAUCCAGACUGAAAGUAGGCAGAGUUGCAAAGCCCACAAAUGACAUAUAUAAGAUGCCAGAGAAGAUUUUACCCAAAAUACUUGGCUGUGAGGAUCAAGCAAAUAGUAACUCGUCAACUGAGAAAUUCAGAAUGCAGAAUCUUGCUUUAAGGAUUGAAGGUAAAGGGAAGACUGUGCAUUCAUCCAGACUCAAGAGUAGAGAACAGAUCAGAAAAAACAAAAAAUUUACACGGAAGAAUGAAAAAAUGAAGAUGAAUAAAAUGUCUCUUUCUAACAUUAACCGGAGAAACAUUUUUGGAGAGAACUUACUGUAUAAGGCUGCUCUGCACAAUGACGCUGGUCUUGUUCAUCAUUACAUAAAAAUGGGUGGAAAUGUUAAUCAACCAAGUUACGCUGGUUGGACAGCACUGCAUGAAGCUAGUGUAGGAGGAUUUUAUCAAGUAGCAAAUGAACUAUUAAAAGGUGGAGCAGAUGUAAAUAUCAGAGGAAUGUACCAGAUCACUCCCCUACAAGAUGCUGUGAUGAAUGGGCAUUAUAAGGUGGCAGAGUUACUUCUUUUGAAUGGAGCAGAUCCUUUAUUUAGAAAUGACAAUGGAAAGUGUGCUUUGGAUGAGGCCAAAGAUUUAUGUAUGAAGCGUCUUCUUGAGAGAUAUGUUUCUAAACGUAAAAGACAUCUCACAUCAGCUCAAAAGAAUAGCACUGACCCUUCAGACAGAGAGGAUGCACACCAGCACAAGAAACCAAAAUUCAGUUCUAAAAAUCACAGUGGGUUUGCUUGUGAUGAAAAUUCCAACAGACAGAAGCCAGAACAUGCAAAAGUCAAUAAAGAAGGCAAAGACAGUUUAUUUAUAAAUAAAGAAGCUGUAUAUGAAUAUUACCAAAAAGAUUCCCAAAGCAGGAAAUUUGGUAAAUCCAAGUAUAAGCAGUCAGCUCUUAACCAGAAAUACUCUAUAGGACUCAAAAAGGACGAUCUCCAUAAUGUCAGGAAUCCCAGCACAAAUGUGUCUAAAGAUAAAGGAAGAAGAAAUACACGACAUAAAAGGAUUCAAGUGGAUCAUAUAAUCCAAGAAAGCAAUCCAAGAAAGAAAAUAGCUGUCUCUUCUUCCAGAAGAACAAACAAGUUGGUUCCUCAUCAGCAGCAGAUUCUCCAAACCCUUGAUGACCUUCCAGAAAAGUCAUGUAAACCUUCUAGCUCAGCCCCGUCAGGCUUGAAAAUUGGUUUAAGUAAUAAUGUCGGGACUUGUUCAGUUUCCAAAGAGACACAUACUCAGAGCCUGGAUUUAUCAGAUAGUCAAGAAAUAAAAUUUCUGGGAUUAGAAUCCAUUGACCAAGCUGAAGCUGUUUCUUUCUCAGGACUUUUUUUGAAUAAAACGACCAAGUUACCACCUGUUACUGCAGAUCAGCAGCCUCAGACUCACCAAGACCAGCAGCACACUAGCCCUUGUAAAUCUUAUGAAAACAGUAACUCAGAUCAAAAAGAUGAGAGCCAUAAUAAGUGGGAAAAUUCUUCUCCAUCCUUUAUAAAGGAAAACUUUAAUGAUGGUGAUGAUGAUACUGGUUCCCGUGCCUCUGGAGAGACUGUAAAAUCUAAAAAGGUGGUAAGUUUUUCAGGUUACAAAAACCAGGAUAAUUAUAAAGAGAAUAUAACAAAUAGGGAAGAAAUGGAUUUUCAACAGUUUUUACCUUCUGAAGACCAUUUUUCACAAGGAAAUGCAUUCAAAGCAGACAACUUAACCAUAGUUCCACAACAGGAAGCUAUUAAUUUUUCAAAUUCCGGUAAUAUAAUGGUUUCUGAACACGUUCCAGAUUAUGAACAAUGUGCAUGUAGAACUUCUUUUGAUCAUUUACAUGGCAGUCCUGAGCAUACUUCCUCGGCUUGUACGAGAACACACUCAAUACAUGAAGUUUCAAAGUUGACUAGUCAUAUGGAGCUAUUCGAGAGGCCACAGGAUUGUAGCUACAGAACAUCAGCUCCUUUAAUGAAUCAGACAGAUGCACACACUGUGGAAAAGGUGAAUAAGAAAGGAGAUGCUGAAAGGAAUUACACUGACAAAGGCCAAAAAACAAGUUCUUCAAAUAGCUCUUUAUCCACAGUUGUUCAUUCUCAAGUAAUAGAAACAACUAAAGCUGAAAAAAGGAGACAAGAGAACAAAACCAUACAUAAUAUGGAUUUUCAUUCCACUGACAAUAUCAGUAAAGAAUUGACCAGCAUCUCACAACUUAGUCAAAGAGAAGAGAAGGAGAUUUCUCACAAAGCAGAUGAGGAAUUAACUAUUAUUGUCAAUGGAGAUGAAAGCACUAUAAGAAAUUGUGAGGAGAAAAAAGAAAAAACAGAUUUAGAAAUUCAUAUGCCUACUAAUAUCCAAGAACACAAAAAAGUUAAAAAUUUGAGAAAAAGACAAAAUUUCUUGAAAGCUACCUGCAGCCAAGAAAUGGAAACAGCUGGGAUCAACAAGAGGCCUGCCAGAGGGGAAAGCCGGCUUCAUUUGGCUGCCAGAAGAGGAAAUUUGUCUCUGGUGAAAGCUCUAGUACAGUCUGGAGCAGAUGUGAAUCUAAAAGAUAAUGCAGGUUGGACACCACUUCGUGAGGCAGCUAGUGAAGGAUGUAAUGAUACAAUUGUAGAGUUGUUAAAAGCUAAUGCUAAAGUUAAUUGUGGAAAUCUAGAUGGAAUUCUGCCUUUACAUGAUGCUGUUGCAAACAACCAUUUAAAGGCAACUGAAAUUCUACUACAACAUGGAGCAAACCCUAAUCAAAAGGAUAAAAAGCAGAAGACAGCCUUGGAUGAAGCAGAUGAUGAAAACACGAAAGAGCUGCUAAAAUCUUACGGUGCCGUUGAGACUGAUAAUAGAGCUGAGGCUAAUGCUGUCGUCACUGUGAAAACUCCUGCUGUCUGGUCAAAAAGACAUAAACAGUGUUUUUGUGAUGACUGCAAAACUGUUGAUAUACCUUCUCUUUCAAACCAAGGGAAAAAAGUGGAGAACCUUCCUAUGCAUCAGAACGUUAGUGCCAUUCUACAAGAUAUAGAAGAAAAACAAGAAAAUUUAUUAGAGUUUGAAAUAAGAACUCCUGAAGAUGCAGAACAAUACAUUGAUAAGAUGUUAGAGGUCAAGGAAGUUAUGGACAAUGUGCUUGCCAAGCAGAAGGCAGAAAGGGAUGAUCUAGCUAAAAAAUACAGGGUGUCCAUGGAGUCAUUUAAGCAAGGAGUCCUGAGAGAACAACUGGUUAACUUGGCCACAAGACAGAAGAGCCUUUUAACUGUAACAAAAAACCAGAAAAAAAUAAGGGAGAAAAUUCACAACUAUAAGAAUGUUACACCUUUGUCUGGUCUUAGUUUCAAGAAGCUGCCAUCCAGCUCAGAAAUCUCUAAUGAAAAAAGCAGGCAAGAGUUUACCAGUCUGGAAACUUCAGUGCAGCCCCAGUCAGGUUCACUUUCUCCUGUCAGCCUUGUUUAUGGAAGCAUGCAGGAGACACAGUUGUCUUCGGAAAUCUGGCAUGACAGCCAGAACACCAACACUUGCCUAAAUUCAAAGGGAAUGAGAAGGGAAGGAUUUUCUGGAAAUGAGCUAAAUUCUAAGCUCAUCAGUGACUAUACCUUGGACAGAUUAUCAAAAUCCAGACAUUCAGAUGGCACUAAGAAGAUUAAAUUACCAUCCCAAUCUGUUACUUUUAUUACUCAAGCAGAAUAUUCACAAAAAGAAAAUGAUCUUACAGAUAUGGCAGCCAAAGAGCAUGCAUCCUUUAGACCUUCAGCAGUAACUGGCGCAUUAAAUAUUUCAGAAACCACAAGUGUACUUUCCCACAAUGAGCCCUAUCCAUCAGCUGUUCUUUGUGAUCAGGCUUUUUCCAGUUGUGAUCCAAAAAGAGACAACAGGAAAACAGCUUCCCAGCAACCACCUAGGAGGGCAUCAGAAUCCCUGGCACAUCGAGAGAUUGAUGUCUUUGGCAGUAAUACUGGGCAUCAGAUGAAACCGUAUCUUAAAAAAUCAGCUGUUGCUGUUCCACAUGCAAAUGACAGUCAGAGCUCUUCCUCCUCUGAGUCUAGCCGUCAACAUACUAUUAAAAAACCUUUAAACUACAGUACAGCUCCUAAAAAGAAAUGCAUGCAGAUAAAGGAUCUGAUAUUGCUAGGAAGAAUUAAUCCAGGAAAUAACAUUCUGGAAUUUAAAACACAGGAGACUACCCACAAAGCCAGUGUUUUAUUGAGUGGCAAAAUUAAGGUAGAAAAUGGUCAGAUUUAUCAAAACCCAGUCACCUGGCUCAAGGAUGUUCUAGGAGGUGACAGUUAUGUGACCUGGAAUUAUGCUUGGAGUAAGGUAACAUAUCAAGGGAAGGAGCUUUUAAAGUAUGUUUCUGAGGAAUUACCCACCCCUCCAGACCCAAACUUGGUACCUCAGCAACGUCAACCUUGUCCUCCAGACCUGCUUUGUUUAGAUUACUCAGUACAAGAACCAAAUAAAUAGCUGAUGGAGCUGACAAAAUGGAGUCAGAGAAUGUCCGGAGAGUCAAUGCAAAGUAUCCCACAUUACCUUCAAAUAAAUGAAAUACUGUUAGUCAGCGAACAAGAAUUUCUCCCAUGUCAUAUAAUGGAUGAGCACUGGAAGUUUUAUGUGGAAUGUGAAGAGUUAACAUUCUGAAGCCUUGUUUUCUUAAUAGUGUUAUUAGGUAUUUUUUCAUAUU